AUGAGUCCUUCUUUAGCAACUUCGGGAAAGGGAAGGGUAGCCCAAAGUUCGGGUAAGGCCAACCCAAUAGCCCGACUCAUACUUACAAAACGGGUCGGAUACAACCCAGUCCAGCACACCGUCACACGAGGCCUGCUACGUGUAAAGCGUGAACUCAUCGUGCUUAGACAAUCGGACGGUCCAGAAAGCUUCCAAAACGGGUUGGCUACAACCCAGUCCAGCACACCGUCACACGAGGCCUGCUACGUGUAA